AUGCCAAGUCCUCAAUAUUAUCAAACGAGAAUUAAAAGAAAAAUUGAUAAAACAAUUAGUAAACUUUCAUCUGAUCUACCAUCUAUACGACGAAUGACAGCAUCACAUUCAGAUCAACUAACAACAACAACUGACAUGCCACAAUCGAUCAAUAGCAAUCAAGAAGAUAAAAAUGUAUCAAUUAAUGAACAAUUUUCAAUAAUUGAUCAACAUCGUUCAGUCGAACAAUCGCCAUCAAUGCAUCCUUAUCAACAAGCAUUACCACCAAAUGAUAUGAAAACCAUGGUAUGUCCAUCGUCAUUGUUUACAAAUACUGAAGAAACACUUUGUUCGUCUGUUUCGUUAAUGAACCACGAACAGAAAUUAGAUGAAUUACAAUACACAUCAUUACAUCAAUUACCAUCAACUACAACGUUUGAUCAAACUGAUCGUUUAAAAUUGGAAAUUGAACGAUUAACAAAAGAAUUAGAACUGAUGAAAUUACAACAAUCAAAUACAAUACGCGUAUCUCAUUCUGACACAUCGGGAGCAACCGUUCAACAACGAACAACAACACAAUUACCAUAUUCGAAUGUCACUACGACACCGAUUCACAUUAUAAUUAAUACUGAUCCACUUCAACAAAUGAAAGACUUCGUCAAACCGUUUAAUGGCAAUCCCAGCGAUGAUAUUAUUAAAUGA